CUGCCACAGUCGCGCAGCGCAACGGAGAGGAUUGGUUGUGAUCUUCGUUGUUUUCGGUAUCGGAAGUUGUCGCGUGUGAAAAUUGUCGCAAAUUUCCGUUCAAAAUGGAAAGGAUUUUAUCGCCAACGAUAUAACGGUGAUUAGUGCAUUAAGUGCUGGUAAUGUUUCCCGGAACGAGCCACUGUUGGCGGAAAUAAAUCGCGAUUCCUCAGGGAUGCAGAAGAUUUUCCUCCCAUUUUUCUGUUGUUUGGAUUUGAUUGUGUGCGCGGAUAUUCGAGGCGAUCGACGCGCUUCACUUGUGUAGGUGCAGUUUGUUGACAAGAGAGUGGCAGGGCGUUUGACAACUACUCUUAUUAAGGCCAGCAACGUUCCAGCACAGAGUCUCGUGUUUCAAAUAAUAUCAAGGGAAGUGCGAUGUAGUGUAGUGGUAAAAGUUUAUGCGAGGGAAUUUGUUCAGCGAAAAAUAGUGAAGGAAGCAAAAUAACAAAGAGUGUGUGGCUUAGAAUUGUUGUCAUUUUGCCGUAUCAAGAAGCUGGUUUUUAGAUAGUUCCAGUACUUCAAAAUGAGGGUGUUCUUGAACGUAGCAAAAAUUCAAGCUGCAACCUACUGAUGUCACCUCGAAGAGAGCAGGUCCGUGAAUAUAGGUGAUCCAAAUUCCUUUGCCUUUGAGAAGAAUAGAGUGUAAGUGCGACAAUCUGGUUUAGUCAUCGCAUAGUAAAAGUGUACGAAUAACGGAAAAGGUGAACAUACCUAAGAGUGUGGAAAUUAGCCGGGGUUUGAAAAGCUUGAAGCAAGUGGCAUUCGGUACAUGUUGUGAAAAUGUUUUCCAAAAAGAAGAAAAAGCCUCAAAUUUCCUUUCCGAGCAAUUUUGAGCACCGGGUCCACACGGGCUUCGAUAAACGAGAAGGAAGAUACGUCGGGCUUCCAUUGCAGUGGGCCUCAAUUGUAGGAAACAAUCAAAUACUGAAAUCCACUAAUCGUCCUCUUCCGUUGAUUGAUCCGUCGGAAAUUACUCCUACGGAAAUCCUCGAUCUGAAAACCAUCGUUCGACCGCAUAACACCUCCAGUGCAGCCUCAACAACAGGCAGCAUAGGGGAACCGGGUAAACUGGUUCUUCCAAAAACAUCCAGUGUGGCUCGGUCUAAUUCGUUGCGAAGCUCCAGUCCCCCGCGAGUGCGACGCGGAGAUCUACGUGCCAACACCAACGUUCCUCCUUCAGUUCCAGAGGAACCACUCCACUUAGGUGGUAGCCAAUCUCCAUUCCCCUCGGUGAACAACAAUUUCCCCCCUUCGAUUCCGACGAAGCAGUCCUUCCCCGGAAAUCCCAUCCAUCCGCAUCAGCAACCACAGCCUGGUAGUGGAGCGGCACCCUUUUCCGAUGGCGGCCAAAGUAACUUCAACCAUCUGAACAACAACUUCGAUCCACAACACCAUCCGCCCCAUGCCCAUCAGCAUUCUCAUCAGCACCAGCCGUACAACCAUCACCAUCAGCAGCAGCAAUCGCAACCGGGAACCCAUCAUCAUCACCACAUGAAUGGCCAUCUAGGAGGGCACCAGCAGCAACAUCAGCAUCAGCAACAGCAGCAACAUGCUGCUGGUACCAAUGGCAAUCAUCUGACGAAUCCGGUCAAUGUUGUGACGGAUGGUGGAGCUUUGUUUUCCAAUAGGUCACAAAAAUCAUCGCCAACUGGUUACCCAGGCUAUCCAGGACAAUAUCCCGGUUCAGGCCAAGGACACCCUCAGCAUGGAACAGGUCCACCUCCGCUGCAUAAUAAACCAAACUUCAGUAAUUCCCCUCUGGGCCCAGGUUCAGCAGCAGCGCCUCCUCCUCAUACCAAUCAUGUGCAUCAUCAAGGAAUGCAUGCACCACCAACUGCCGGGCAAUCAGGCAUGGCAGCACCACAACUGGAUCUUGGACCAAGCAAUCCAGUUCCUCAUCAUCACCAUCACCAUCCGAACCACAUGGGCGCUGGCCCCGCUACUAGUUCCGGCCAUCAGCACCAGCAACCUCAGCAGCAUCUCCCGCCUCACAGCCAACAGCAACAUGCGAUGCCACCGGGUAGCAAUGGACCCAUGAAUGGACCAGGCCAAUUCCCUGGUCACCACCAGCCCACCAUUCACCACAAGAUGCCAUCACCUGCUUCGAUCACCGGAUCGACAGCCGACACCAAUGUAAAUAGUAUGAACAACAACAACCCCAGUACAAAGGCCAACUCGCGGGCUUCGAGCUCCAGCGGUGGGAACAUCUCCGUGGCGCACAGUACGACCUCAUCCGUACAGACGGGUGGUGCCAGCCAGCAGGGUGGCUCCGGCUCAACGAAAACCGAACAGAGGUUGACCCACGAACAGUUCCGUGCGGCUCUGCAAAUGGUAGUUUCGGCUGGUGAUCCGCGAGAGAAUCUCGAAAAUUUCACGAAGAUUGGUGAGGGUUCCACUGGAACUGUCUGUAUUGCGACGGACAAAUCGACAGGUCGCCAAGUGGCCGUCAAAAAGAUGGACUUGCGGAAGCAACAGCGGCGCGAACUGCUGUUCAACGAAGUCGUCAUCAUGCGGGACUACCAUCAUCCGAACAUCGUGGAAACGUACAGCAGCUUCCUGGUGAACGACGAACUGUGGGUCGUAAUGGAGUACCUCGAGGGUGGUGCCUUGACCGACAUUGUUACCCAUUCGCGGAUGGACGAGGAACAGAUAGCCACCGUGUGCAAGCAGUGCCUGAAAGCGCUGUCUUAUCUGCACUCGCAGGGCGUUAUUCAUCGGGACAUCAAAUCAGAUUCCAUUUUGUUAGCCUCGGACGGUAGGGUUAAGCUGUCAGAUUUUGGCUUUUGUGCGCAAGUGUCCCAAGAGUUGCCGAAACGUAAAUCUCUCGUCGGUACGCCGUAUUGGAUGUCACCAGAAGUGAUUUCCCGGCUCCCGUAUGGUCCUGAGGUGGACAUAUGGUCACUGGGUAUAAUGGUUAUCGAAAUGAUUGACGGGGAACCACCUUUCUUCAAUGAACCCCCACUCCAGGCCAUGCGAAGGAUUCGCGAUAUGCCUCCGCCAAAAUUGAAGAACUCCCACAAGGUGUCGAGUCGGUUACAGAACUUCCUCGAUCGGAUGUUAGUCAGAGACCCGGUACAAAGAGCUACCGCCGCUGAACUUCUGGCUCAUCCUUUCUUGCGACAGGCUGGACCACCAUCUCUGUUAGUACCGCUGAUGCGCGGAGCUAGACACAGCAAUUGUUAGAUUGCACGUGUAGUGAUCAGGACAAGAAGUAUUGAAACGGAAGUGACCUUUGGAUUGUAUAUACCCACGUAGCCUGUUCAAAAUAAGACUACAUUUAUUCCGUCAUGUGCUUAUUCUGGAGCGUAUUAUGGCCACUGCUAUUCGGCAGUAGGUCUAAGUUUGGACCAUAAAUUUUACUGAAUUGUGUAUUUGAAAAAUAUUUUAACAUGAUUAGUUAGUUGAAAGCUAAGCUAUUCUCCAUUAUGUGUAACAGCAUAUUUUACAAGAAAAAUUAGUUUAUAAACAAAUAGAUAUAACAAUUGAACGCCCUUGACUCUCUCUACAGCAUUUCUAGUUAUAAUUGCAAACAAGGCUCCUGCAGCACUUAGUAUCAAUCUCACUGUGAAGACUCAUCCACCAACAUAUAAAAGCUAUUAACAGAAAUCGAAACAUUCCAACGAUAUUGCUGAACUCCAACGAAUCCACUUUGAAAUCUUCUCAAAAUAAUACUAGUUUCAAUGGGCAAUCACUGCAUUUGCCAUUUAUAAUUGUUUUUAAUUUUACUUUGAAUGUUAAUUGUUUUAAAAACACCAGAUAUAGUAUUUUAGUUCAACUAAUUUCGUUUGGUUUAAUGCAAUUUUACAAACACGCUACUGUUAAGGACCCCUUUAGUAUAUAUUUUACCAUUCAGUACGCUGAAUGCUGGAAACAAAAUCCCAUUCCAGUAUUUAUUUUAUUUCCAACCCAACGAAUGACAAUUUACCUACCACUUUCUCGAAUGAUCGCUUGGGUAGGACAUGUAACGAUUACUUCGCCUCCGAGAGUACUACUCUCGAGCGGUAACGAUAAGGACUGAGAUGUGAGAGAACAUAUACAUAUGUUCGAGGUCGGAAUGCGUAUUGCGAAUCACAGGAAACGAAUGGCAGCGAAAAGAUUUUAUUAUACCCCAUGUUUAACGGUACACAGUUAAAGUUUAUUAUAUUAUUAUUAAAUAUUACUUAAGUGCGUAUGGAAAAUGGUCUACUUAUACACUCAACAUUAUACAUACAUAUAUACAAGACAUGUUGCUGUACAAUAAUUCUAUUAUGAAGCUUAUCAAGAGUAACGUCUACUUUAAGAUCUAUGUACUACAUGCGUUAAAUGUUAUGGAUAUAUAAAUCUCGAGAGAUUAAAAAAUAAAGGUAGUAUUAUAAAUAA